AUGGGAGCGUGUUUAUCGCGAUGGAAAUAUUCGGAAGGAAUUGGAUGGUUUGAUUUACCAUUUGAUAUGCGAAGAUCAAUUAUUGAUUUAAUGGAUUUUAAAACAAGAGCCAAAUUUGCGCAAUGUUCAAUUGAUUGUUAUGAAGAAGUUGCGCAAACUCGAAAUUACAUCGAAGAAAUUACAAUAACUGGAUAUGAAGAAGAAGAAGAAGAUCGAUGGAUUAGUAUUUUUCUGUUUUCUUUGAAAAACCACAUAUGGUGUUGGUUCAGAAUAGAGGAAUUUAUUGAUUUGGAUGACAUUUCAUUCGAAUCAACGGGAAAAUUUGAAGUUAAAUGGAUAGUUAACGAUGAAAAUAUAUCAACAACAAUAUUUGAGAAAAUAGAUAUGAUUGAAAUUGUUUUGAAAUAUUUUAAUGGAUUAGUGAAGAAAAAUGCGAAAAGUUUGAAAAGUAUUGCAAUUCGUAUGGUUAGUUUUGUAUCCAAAGAAGAGAAAUUUGAAUGUAUUUAUUUUGCAGGAUGAUUUUCCUUAUAAUCGAACAAAUAUCAAAAAUCUGAAAUGUGAAAAUCUGAGAGAAUUGAAACUUUGUAAAAAUAAGCAUGGAAUCGACCCAAUUUUGAGCGGAUUUGUUGAUCUCGAUACAAUUUCUCGUCUUGAAUAUAAAAUCGAAGUUCCCAAUUUGAAAUUCGAUGAUUUGUUGAAAAUCAAAUCAAUGUAUCGGAAAUUAACCGAUCCAAUAUUUUCAUUUGAUGAUUUUGAUGAUUUUUUGAGACGACUUUUGGUUGAAGAAGAAUCUGAUGAACAAAUUAAAGAAAUUGAAUUGAAUUUGAAUGGAAUUGCAAUUGAAAAUCAUGAUAUUUUACUCCAAAUUAUCAGUAAAUAUACAGUAACUAUUGGUUUGAGAAUCAGAAAUGAUGGAACAUCAGAAUGGGAAGAUGUAAUGGGAUAUUUGAGAAAAUCAAAUAAGUGGAAACAUCAAAACCAUUGUAUACUUUUUAGAGAUAAUUGUUUUGAGUAUUUAAUGAUUGAAAAAUGA